GGCUCCGGAGGCGCAGAGCGCGGCGGUAGGGUUGCAGCUGAGCGUCCAACUCUCAGUCCUCCCGCAAGCCUCCCUCUCCCCGCGUCCCUCCGAGGUCCGGGAGCCCCGAAAGCCGCCUCGCGGAGCCCCGCAACCCCAGCUCUGGGACCCCCCGGAGAGGUGCGCGGGGGGCGCUGGCGAGGGCGCGCGCGAGCCAGACUUGCACCUCCUGCUCCAUCCAGUCCAGCUAGCUGCAGCCUGGGUGUCUCCCUGUCAGCAGCACGCGCCGCACAGCCAUGAACACCAACGAGGCCAAGGAGUACCUGGCCCGGAGGGAGAUCCCUCAGCUCUUCGAGAGCCUUCUGAAUGGAUUGAUGUGUUCUAAGCCUGAAGAUCCAGUAGAGUACUUGGAAACUUGUUUACAAAAAGUAAAGGAAUUAGGUGGUUGUGACAAGGUGAAAUGGGACACAUUUGUCAGCCAGGAAAAGAAGAUCCUACCUCCACUCAAUGGAGGGCAGUCACGGAGAUCCUUUUUCAGAAAUGUAAUGCCUGAAAAUACAAACUUUCCAUAUCGGCGAUAUGAUCGGCUUCCUCCAAUUCAUCAAUUCUCCAUAGAAAGUGACACAGAUCUCUCUGAGACUGCAGAGUUAAUUGAGGAGUAUGAAGUUUUUGAUCCUGCUAGACCAAGACCAAAAAUCAUUCUUGUCAUAGGUGGACCAGGAAGUGGAAAGGGUACUCAAAGUUUGAAAAUUGCAGAACGUUAUGGAUUCCAAUAUAUUUCUGUGGGAGAAUUACUAAGAAAGAAGAUCCACAAUACCAGCAGCAAUAGGAAAUGGAGUCUUAUUGCUAAAAUAAUUACAACUGGAGAACUGGCCCCACAGGAAACGACAAUUACAGAGAUAAAACAGAAAUUGAUGCAGAUACCCGAUGAAGAGGGCAUCGUCAUUGAUGGAUUUCCAAGAGAUGUUGCCCAGGCUCUAUCUUUUGAGGAUCAAAUCUGCACUCCAGACUUGGUGGUAUUCUUAGCAUGUGCCAAUCAAAGGCUCAAAGAACGAUUAUUGAAGCGUGCAGAGCAACAGGGUCGGCCUGACGACAAUCUGAAAGCGACCCAGAGGAGACUAAUGAACUUCAAGCAAAAUGCUGCUCCAUUGGUUAAAUACUUCCAGGAAAAGGGACUCAUAAUGACAUUUGAUGCUGACCGUGAUGAGGAUGAGGUGUUCCAUGACAUCACCAUGGCAGUUGACAGCAAGUUAUUUCCAAACAAAGAGGCUACAGCAGGUUCAAGUGACCUUGAUCCUUCAAUGUUGUUGGACACUGGGGAGAUCAUUGACACGGGGUCUGAUUAUGAAGAUCAGGGCGAUGACCAGUUCAAUGUAUUUGGAGAAGACACAAUGGGAGGUUUCACAGAAGAUUUGAGGAAGUAUAAAAUUAUUUUCAUGAUUGGUGGCCCUGGUUCUGGAAAAAGCACCCAGUGUGAAAAGCUGGUAGAGAAAUAUGGAUUUACGUAUCUCUCCACGGGUAAGCUCCUGCAUAAUGAGCUGUCAUCAGAAUCUGAAAGAAGCAUAGCAGUCAGAGACAUCAUGGACCGAGGAGAUCUGGUGCCUUCAGGUAUCAUUCUGGAACUCCUGAAGGAGGCCAUGGUAGCCAACCUCAGCAACACCAAAGGCUUCCUGAUCAGCGGCUAUCCUCGGGAAGUGAAGCAGGGGGAAGAGUUCGGGCAUAGGAUUGGAGACCCUCACUUGGUGAUCUGUCUGGACUGCUCAGCUGAUACCAUGACCAGCCGCCUUCUUCAAAGGAGCCAGAGCGGCCAAGAUGUGGCUGAUAACCCCACCUCCAUCGCCAAGCGCCUUGAGACCUACUACCGGGCAUCCAUCCCCAUCAUCGCCUAUUAUGAGACAAAAACACAGCUCCACAAGGUAAAUGCAGAAGGAACAUCAGAGGAAGUCUUUCUUCAACUCUGCAAAGCUAUUGACUCUAUUUUCUGAAGACAAAGAUGCAUGUUAAGGAGACUGGCGACAGAAAAAUAUUAAAAGGCUCAUUCCUUAUUUAAUAUGUUUCAAAUUAAACCUUACCCCUUUUGUGUCCCUCCCCAUCCACCCCAAUCUUGAAGUUAUUUACUUCCCAGCUUGAAUUAUUCAAGAGGUGUCUGGAGCUGCGCAUGGUAUCUUUGGUAUUUGCCAACCUUUUCUGCAUAAUUCGAAGAGGUGUCUGCAUUCACAGUAUAUACUCUUUCCCAUCAUAUAUGGCUGCAUCUCAUAACUAGGAUAGUAUGUGAAGUUAUGCAAUACCAGUCUAUCAGUCUUAGCCUCAGAAUUUGAUAGAGCCUGGGCAUUUGGUUGUUAUCAAAUUAGGAGUUGGCUUCCUAACUCUCCAUCAUCCCUUCCUUACUCCCUCAAGACUAAAAUGCUAUUAUUGCCUGACAAAGGACAUUAGUAUGAGAUGGGCAUAAGUAUGUUACUCUGGUAGGUCUCUCUGUAACCACAGAAAUGGGGCCAUUAAUUGCGAUUUUAAGAAACAGUAAGAUUUGAAAUAAAAUUUAAUAUAAAAUUGUAAAGCUUUCCCAAGAGAGCAAAACCCAAACUAGUCACCGAUAACACUAUUCAUUUUUGAGAUUGGUUACUUGGAAUACUGUCCUAAUAGCUAAAAGAAUAAACUGGAGAAGUUGUCUACUUACUAUAGUUUCUUCUAACUGUGAUGUUGCCAGUUCAGCAAAUAUAAAUACCAAGACCAA